AUGGCCUUCCUAAUCCUAGUGAUCGGCAAUCUGCACAUACCCGACCGUGCGCUCGACAUUCCCCCUAAGUUCAAAAAACUCCUCUCCCCCGGCAAAAUCUCCCAAACCCUCUGCCUCGGCAACCUGACCGACCGCGCAACCUACGACUACCUGCGGAGUAUCUCGCCCGACCUGAAGAUCGUCCGCGGCCGCAUGGACGUGGAAGCGACCUCUCUGCCUCUUAUGCAAGUGGUCACGCACGGGUCGUUGCGUAUCGGGUUUCUGGAGGGCUUCACGCUGGUGAGCGAGGAACCCGAUGUGCUCUUGGCCGAGGCAAAUAAGCUGGACGUGGACGUGCUGUGCUGGGCAGGGGGCAGCCAUCGGUUUGAGUGCUUCGAGUAUAUGGAUAAGUUUUUUGUGAAUCCGGGGAGUGCGACAGGAGCGUUUACGACAGAUUGGCUGGCCGAGGGGGAGGAAGUAGUGCCGAGUUUUUGUUUGAUGGACGUCCAAGGAAUUUCCCUGACGUUAUACGUAUACCAGCUCAGGAAAGACGAGAACGGGACGGAGAAUGUGGCAGUCGAGAAGGUGACGUACACCAAGCCGGUUGAGCCGACAGGAGCAUCAUGA